GUUUUGAAAGAGGAGGGCACUUCCCUACCAGACGCGUCUCUAUGGAAACCGUACUGCCAGGAAGUAACCUGUAUGCGAGUGAUGUCUCGAGCCGCAAUCCAGCCCCUCCGCAUAGGGGCCACAGCCCCAGAAACCUUGUCCAUAGUGCAGCAGCACCUCCUGGUGGCGGAGGAGCAGACAGAGGGACUUAUUCAGGACAUGGGGUCCCUGGGGGUCCCACGUGAGCAGCUCCUGCAUUCCCCUGCCUUGGUGCGAGAUGGCUGCCAGCGACCUGUGAGCCCUGUGCGGGUUUGGCAGGCUGUUGGGGGGCGCGACGCGGCUCUGUGGCAGAACUGUGAGGCGCUGAUGAGUCGCAUGUGUCGUCUGGAGAGCAUUCUGCACUCGCUCAAGCUCGCCACCUUCCGCCUGGAGACGGAGAGACAGCUCGAUCCGUCUAACUCUGCACGUGUGAUGGAGCAGCUGUCGGCCCUGCAGAAGGAGAGCCAGGAGGAGCAGCGUGAGGCUCGGAAGGAGUUGCUACAGGUUCAGGACCAGCUGUGGCAGGCGUGCCAGGAGAGGGAGGAGGCCCUGGAGGAGGCUCAGAAGCUGAGGGAGGAGCUGGAGGUUGCCACCACAUCCAAGAUGGACGUGGCCCUGGCGGCAGAAGAGCUGAAGGUGAUCAAGGUGCAGAUGACUGAGAGGCUGUUUGAGCUGAAGGUGCAACUGUCUCAGGAAGCAGACCUUCGCUUAGAGGCACAGAGAACCCAUGAUGCACUUCUGCAGCGGGUGAAGGAGAUGGAGGGGGUGGUGGAGAUGGAAAGAGAACAGGUGCAGGUCCUGCAGACGGACUGCCAGGCCAUGCAGAGUGACAGACAGGGUGUGAGGCAGGCGCUGAAGAAAGAGGCGGAAAGAGCCAGUCUGCUGGAGAAACAGAGCCAGCAGCUGAGGGACAAUGCAGAUGUCAAAGAUUCCAUCAUUUCCCAGCUGACUGACGAAUUAAAAAGUGCCCAUCUGGCCCUCCAAAGACUGCAGCAAGAGAACAGCAGGUUGCAGAAGGAUGAAGGCAACCUCAAAACAGCAGCAGAAAGAGUGCAGGUGCUGAACGUGCAGUUGCAGGGCCAGUGUACAGAGCUGAACGGUGCUCUGCGCUCCCUGACCGUGGAGAACGCCAGGCUCCUGUCUGCGCACCAGGCCGAGCUGAAGGCGGAGCGGGAGCGUGUGUUGCAGCAGCUGCAGGAGCAGGACCUCCUCCUGGACGCGGCUCGGCGUAACAUCCAGGCCGAGCUGCAGGGGGCGCUGAAGGAGCGUCUCCGGCUGCAGCAGGAUCUCGAUGUCCUGCGGCGUGACCACCAGCAGCUGCAGCAGAGCUCCAGGGUUGCCCAGGAGACGUCUGUCACUCAGAGGGAGCGCCUGGAGAGCGCGGUCGUGAGGCUGCGGGCGGAGCUGAGCGGUGCUGGGAAGGACGGCGAGGCCCUGAAGAGAGAGAGGCAUCGCACGCUGGCCGAGAUGCAGAACAAGGUGAGCAAGCUGGAGAAGGAGAAGAGCUCUCUGCAGACACAGCUGACCAAGGCCAAGUCCAGGGUGGUGCAGCUGCAGAUUGAGUUGAACGGCCAGACUGAGCACAAACAGCAGGAGAAAAGGAGCAGCAUACUGGAGAAGAAGUACGCAAAGGCCAGUGCUGAGGUCAGCUCGUCGAAGUUGACCUGUCACCAGCUGGAGCAGAAUCUCUCACAGGCGGAGGCCUCGCUGCGGAGGAAGGAGGAGGAGCUUGCCCUGGCGAGAGCGGCUCGGGACGACGCCCUGCGGGACAAGCAGGCCCUCCGGGACCAGAUGGAGAACCUGCAGGACCUGCACAGGAGCCAGCUGUGCCAGCUGGAGGAGCAGCUGGGAGCCAGGCGGCAGGACGGGGAGUGGGUGACACAGACGCUGCACGGCAUGCUGGAGUCCCACGCCCGUCUGCAGGACAGCUCUCACAGCCUGCAGGCCCAGCUGGGGGGCAGAGAGGGGGAGCUCACCGCCCUGAGGGAGGAGAGGGCACAGCUUCAGCAGCAUGUGGAAAGGUUACAGACACAUGUGGAGAGGCUCCAACAUGAUCUACUUGCGACAGACGCAGAGAUGGAGCCCUUGCGUAAGGCCCUGGAGACGGUCAGUGUGGACAACAAGCAGCUUGCCCAUACUCUGGAACAGGCCCUGCUUGCCAACAACCAGUUAGUAGGCAGGCUGGGUCGGACCCAGGACCAACAGGAGAACAUUCAGAGCCAGCACCAGCAGCUGCUCUCCGAGAGGGAGGCAGAGUUGAAGGACACCAGGGAGGAAGUGAAAUGGCUGACGGAUCAUCUGGAUUCUGUGAAGGAACAGUUGAGAAAAGACAGUAAUUGUCAGAAAAGGGCAUCCCACAGAGAGGUCACUGAGCUGAAGAAGGCUGUGGAUGAGGCAACUUCCAGGUCAGGUGACCUCUCCAGGGCCAAUCGGGAGCUGCGGGAGAAGGUGGGCGAGCUGGAGAAAGUAGUGUCCAAUCAGAAAGCCAGAAUUAAAGAUCUGACCACACAGCUGAAGCAGUUUGCGGAGAAUCGGGCAGUUAUGGCCAGCUCACUGAGAAUGAAGGAGAUGGAGGGCACUCUGAAAGGGCUGGAGAGCCUGAAGGACGAGUACCAGAGGAGGAAUAAUGAACAGAGUCAGCUGAUCCAACAGUUCCAGUCGGAGAUGCAGCGUCUGGCCUCCAGCCAGGAGGGGGAGCUAGAGACAGAAAGAGAACACCGGCAGGUGCUGCAGGAUAAGUGUGAGAGGCUGGAGGAGAACACGAGGCAGCUGAGGCGGGGCAGAGACGAGGCGGAGGAGAGGCUGAGGGAGGCCAGCGUAGAGUCACAGCAGAUCACUGAGAACCUCAUUGAAGCUCAUAGCUGGUUCAGGUCCAAUUUCAACAGCCUGAAGAAGGAACUGGAGAAGAGCAAGCGAAAGAAGGAACAGGCCGCAGAGAAGCUUGGUUCCUUGGGGAAUGCUAAGGAGGGGACACCCAGCACAUCGACAGAUUGUGAAAAUGAGGACCGGAGCGGACCAACGGUCCCAGAACCGAGACCAAACUACUGGACUGCCACUGUGCAGCGCUGGGAGACCAAGAGGGAGCUGGCACGCAUCUCUGAGAAAUACAGACGCAGGGACAGACCGACCCACAGACAGACUGACAAAUGAGCGCUCGCUAACACGCUGAAACCAUCAGCCGUCACAGUUCAUCCCAGGCACAGACGCGGAGACGCUAGCAUGUCACAGUUUAAUAUCUUGUACAAAAACACAGCACAAUGACACUCAUUCUGCUACAGUGUGUUCACAUGCAGAAAUACAAAUAUCCAGGCUAGAGCUGGGCUCAGUUGUCCCUUAGCAGAAUGGAUGUAUCAGUCUGCUGGGCCCCCCCCAAGAGUAUCAAAAAACAGUCAUUCGCUGGUUUAGUACUGUCAAUUACAUCCAGAACAUUCUUUUUCAAUACAGAAGUCUGUAUACCCAUACCCUUUCUCUGCUUUCUGCAGGGUUUUGCCUUCGAUGGCACCCCAGUCAAACACCGAAUACUCCAUACCUGGAACUGUCACAUUUAUUCAGCCGACAGUACUGCAGGAAAUAUGAGAGCGCAGCUUCGCAGCGGAAGCUGCAAAAGGAUGCUGGUACUAAACAUGAAGAGAACAUGCUUUUUCAUAAUAACAACUGUACAAUCAUCUUAUUUCUGCUGCAUAUGUAUAUAUCUGUACAAAGGAAUCAUUCUAUGAGUAUCUUUUUUUAUAUAAAAUUAAAUAUUUUUGUAAUAUUCUGUGUAUAAAUGUAUGGUCCU